AUGUCCACCGCACCAGGCGCCAUCCCAGCUGACCGCACUCGCAACCUGUGCAUUGUCGCUCAUGUCGACCACGGCAAAUCCUCCUUCGCCGACUCACUCCUUGCCGCCAACGGCAUCAUCUCCUCUCGCCUCGCCGGCACGAUCCGCUACCUCGAUAGCCGAGAAGAUGAGCAAGAGCGAGGAAUCACAAUGGAGAGUUCGGCUGUCAGUCUGCGAUGGAGGAUUCCCAGGCCUGCGGCAGAAGGCCAACAACCGGUCUUGGAGGAUUACAAGAUCAACCUCAUCGACACGCCCGGCCACGUUGACUUUUCGAGCGAGGUUUCAACGGCUUCACGAUUGUGCGAUGGCGCGCUAGUCCUCGUCGAUGCAGUCGAAGGCGUCUGCACGCAAACCAUCACUGUCCUCCGAACAGUCUACCUUUCGCACCUCCGCCCGAUCCUCGUCAUCAACAAGCUCGAUCGCCUCAUCACUGAGCUGAAGCUCACCCCGACCGAAGCCUACCACUCGCUGAACCGCAUCAUCGAGGACGUCAACGCCGUCGUCGGGUCUUUCUACUCGUCCGAGCGGAUGGAGGAGGACUUGCGGCGACGAGAGCGGGCGGAGGCGGCGAAGGCUCGCGCGGUCGGUGCUAACGGCGACGGGACUGAGUCGCCUGUGCAGGCUGGCGAGGAGGAAGAGCCGUUCGAAGAGCGCGACGACUCGGCGCUCUACUUCGACCCGGCGCAGGGGAAUGUCCUUUUCUCCUCGGCCAUCGACGGCUGGGCGUUCCGCAUCUCGCGCUUUGCUCAGUUGUACGCCGAGAAGCUCGGCAUCAGCGAGAAGAACCUCGAGAAGGUGCUCUGGGGCGAAUGGUACCUCGACCCGAAGACGAAGCGUGUCAUCAGCAGGAAAAAGAUGGAGGCGUCGGGCAAGAAACUCAAGCCGUUAUUCGUUCAAUUCGUCCUCGACAACGUGUGGGCCGUCUACGACUCAGUCUCGCUCAACAACAACCCGGCCAAGGUCGACAAAAUCAUCGCCUCGCUUGGCGUCAAGGUCCGACCGCAAGACCUGCGAUCGAAAGACACCCGCAACCUCCUCCUCUCCAUCUUCUCGCAGUGGCUUCCCCUCGCUCCCUCCGCCUUCCGUGCCAUCAUCGACCGUAUCCCUCCUCCCGCCGCCGCUCAGUCCUUCCGCAUCCCGCGCAUGCUCCAUCCCGAACUCGGGCACCUCGACGAGUCGAUCGCGCCUCGCAACAAGCUCGAGUCGGACCUGUACUCCGGUACGAACGCGACUGACGCCUACUCUGUCGCCUAUGUCAGCAAGAUGUUUGCGGUCAAGGUCGAAGACUUGCCGGAGAACCAGCGGAAGCAGUUGACAGCGGACGACAUGCGGGCGAAGGCGAAGCGGCUCAAGGAGGCGAAGGAGAAGCGGGAUCUGUUGUUGGCCGAAGGCAAGAAUGAGGAAGCCGAGGCGGUCAUGGCGGAGCUCGAGCAGACGGAGAAGCAGCACGGCGAAGCUGGAGCGAAGGGCGAGCAGCGGAACAAGCAGGAGGCGCUGAUCGGCUUCGCGCGGCUGUACUCCGGCACCAUCACGCUCGGUCAAUCCCUCUACGCUGUUCUCCCGCGGUAUAACUCCGACCUCCCGCCCUCACACCCGCAAAACGCCAAGCACAUCCAGCCGGUCAAGGUCGAACAGCUCUACAUGAUGAUGGGCCGCGAACUGCUCGCGGUCAAGGAGGUGCAGGCGGGCAACUUGUUUGCGAUCGGUGGACUCGAGGGAAUCGUCGUCCGGAAUGCGACGCUUUGCGGGAUGGGCAGCGGGAGGGAGGCGAAGGAGGGAAGCGCGCGAGACGAGGACCGCGACUGCAUCGUCAACCUCGCAGGCGUCUCCAACACGGCCGCGCCUAUCGUCCGCGUCGCUCUCGAGCCGCAGGAUCCGUCCGAGAUGUCGAAACUCGUUGAAGGUCUGCGACUGCUCAGACAGGCUGAUCCCUGCGUCGAGACGCUUGUUCAGGCGACUGGCGAGCAUGUCAUCUUGACGGCCGGAGAACUGCAUCUCGAGCGAUGCCUCAAGGACCUACGCGACCGUUUCGCACGCAUCGAGAUCACCGUUUCGCCGCCCAUCGUUCCCUUCCGAGAGACUGCCGUCGCAGCACCAGAAAUGGCACCGCCAAAGACGCCCAACCAGCCCCGCGGUACAAUUCUCGGAACAGUCCAGUCUGGCCUCGUUACCUUCACGCUUCGCGCCGUCCCUCUUCCUUCCGACAUCACUGACUUCCUGAACGCCAACAUGAGCACGCUCAAGCGCCUUCAGCAAGACCGACGUAGUGGGAAGACGGAGGAGGAAGGCGACACGGCUGCGACUGAUGCGCCCGGCGGUGCAGAAGUCGUCUCGCCGGAGGAGUUCUGGCCGAGGUUUGAGGAGGUGCUGAGCAAGGCCGGAAGGGAAUGGGCGGGACUGGCGGACAAGGUGUGGGCUUUCGGGCCGCGUCGGGUAGGACCCAACAUGCUCGUCGACCGGACCGAAGGCUCGCCUCGCUCCCUUCGCCGACGCCUCGAACGCCAAGCCGCCCUGCCCUCCGACCUGCAAACUCCUGGUCCGAACUCGGCACUUACGCCGCCGAAGUCGCCCAUCGUCGCGCCUUCAGACCCUGCGCUCGGUCGCGAGUUUGUCUCAUCGGAGUUUGCUGCCGGCGAGCUCGACGUCUCGUCACUCAAAGCGUCCUUGACGGAAGUCGACAUGUCGGCCGAGGCGAUGGAGCACAUGCCUGACGUACGCGAACUCGACGAAAACUUCGACACCGCCUUCCAGCUUGCGACGAACCGAGGACCGCUGUGCGCCGAGCCUGUCGUCGGUAUGGCGUACUUUUUCGAGCAGGUCGAGCUGCAUCCGCAGGAGAUGGACGUUUCGACAGUCCGAUCAAAGUGGUCGAACGCGCGCGGCCAGCUGAUCUCGGCGGGUCAAGACGCCUUCCGCAAUGGCCUCCUCGACUGGUCGCCUCGCCUCCAGCUCGCCAUGUACUCGUGCGACAUUCAGGCUACGGGCGAGGUGCUCGGAAAGGUCUACGGCGUCGUUGCCAAGCGCAAGGGUCGGAUUGUCUCGGAGGAGAUGAAGGAAGGGACAGCCUUCUUCACCGUCUCGGCGCUCCUUCCUAUCGUCGAGAGUUUCGGGUUUGCAGAUGAGAUCCGGACCCGUACAUCUGGCGCUGCUUCCCCUCAGCUGGUCUUCUACGGCUACGAGACGCUUGAUCAGGAUCCGUUCUGGGUGCCGACGACCGAGGAGGAAUUGGAGGACCUCGGGGAGAAGGCGGACCGUGAGAAUAUUGCGAAGAAGUACAUGGAUGCUGUGCGGCGGAGGAAGGGCAUGGCUGUCAACCGAGCGGUCGUCGCGGCAGCAGAGAAGCAGCGGACGCUCAAGUCGAACUAG